AUGACAAUCGACCAUACUACUAUUUCUUCAUUCAGUGCUGGUGAUUUCUUACUAAGGAACGCAACCGCUUUAAAUUAUCUUGAACCAAACUUCUUUCCAUUGGAACUUUCAAUAAAUCUUGAUAAAGUUUAUAAAAAAUUAAUACAACCUCCUGUAAUAUCUACUUCUGAACUAGCCUUAAAGAAAAUAGAAAAACAUAACUCUUCUAUACCGGAGUUACGUCAUAAACCUUUUAUUCCUUCACAACUUGGUCCAAAUAGAUCGGAUGAUUGGUUAUCAACGGUCGAUUAUUUGCCAAGUGAAAGAUACGUCAACGACAACAGUAAAAAUAAAUCAAAAAAACAAAAGACUAAAUUUAAUUUAUCGAAUAAAAUGAUUAGUUCAACAGCAGCUUAUAGAGCAGGGGAUCAAUUAUAUGGUUGGAUUAAUACAGAGUCAGAAGAAUAUUUAUUAAAGAAAAUUGAAAAUAAUGACACCGAAGAAUUAAGUAUAAUAUCGUUUGGUGGUGACUUACUUUUUGAUUCAUUAUUACCAAUAAGAGAUUCAAAUUUAAGGAUUGACGAAGAUCGUCCAAAGCUUAAAAAAUACAAUAGAAUAACAAAUAAAGAUAAAUCACCUUCUGAAACUUUAGAAGAUGCAAGAAAAUAUUUAACUGUUUUAUUAACAUACUUUUUAAGAAUUAAAUAG